AUAUCAAAGAGCACGUGAAGCAGCUGGAGAAGGCCGUGUCAGGGAAGGAGCCGCGCUACGUCCUGCGUGCCUUGCGGGCUCUGCCCUCCACCUCCCGUCGACUCAACUCCAACGUGCUUCAUAAAGCCAUCAAUGGCUUCUUCACCUCCAACAGCACCAUGCGGGACUUCCUCCUCGGCUUUCUGGAGGAGUCCAUGGACACAGAAGCUGAGCUGCAGUUUCGCCCGCGGACAGGGAAGGCGGCCUCAGCCCCUCUCUUGCCAGAAGUGGAGACCUACCUCCAACUGCUUCUCGUCAUAUACCUGAUGAACAGCAAGCGAUACCCAGAGGCUCAGAAAGUGUCUGACGACCUGAUGCAGAAGAUCAGUUCCCAAAACCGCCGGGCCCUUGAUCUGGUGGUGGCAAAGUGUUACUACUACCACUCCCGCAUCUACGAAUUCCUGAACAAACUCGACGUGGUCAGGAGCUUCCUGCACGCCCGGCUACGGACGGCCACGCUGCGCCAUGAUGCAGAUGGGCAGGCCACCCUCCUGAACCUGCUGCUGAGGAACUAUCUCCACUACAACCUCUAUGACCAAGCAGAAAAGCUCGUCUCCAAGUCUGUGUUUCCCGAGCAGGCCAACAACAAUGAGUGGGCUCGGUACCUGUAUUACACAGGGCGCAUCAAGGCCAUCCAGCUGGAGUACUCGGAGGCACGGAGGACCAUGACAAAUGCCCUGCGGAAGGCCCCGCAGCACACGGCCGUCGGCUUCAAGCAGACGGUGCACAAGUUGCUCAUCGUGGUGGAACUGCUGCUCGGGGAGAUCCCAGACAGGCUCCAGUUCAGACAGCCUUCCCUCAAGCGGUCGCUCAUGCCCUACUUCCUCCUGACCCAGGCCGUCAGGACCGGGAACCUGGCCAAGUUCAACCAAGUCCUCGAUCAGUUUGGGGACAAGUUCCAGGCCGACGGCACCUACACCCUGAUCAUUCGUCUGAGGCACAACGUCAUCAAGACGGGUAGGAGACUCAGCCAGCUCCUCCCUUCACUCUAAACUGCUGCCUCAGCCCUCGGAGACAGCGGGUGCCCUGACCGCAUGCCCUCCGGCUUGCAGGCCAUUCGGGACGGCGUGAUCGAGGCCAGCAUUAAUCACGAGAAGGGCUACGUCCAGUCGAAGGAAAUGAUCGACAUCUAUUCCCCCCGGGAGCCCCAGCUGGCGUUUCACCAGCGCAUCUCUUUCUGCCUCGACAUCCACAACAUGUCCGUCAAGGCCAUGAGGUUCCCACCCAAAUCUUACAACAAGGACUUGGAAUCUGCAGAGGAGCGCCGGGAGCGCGAGCAGCAGGACCUGGAGUUCGCAAAGGAGAUGGCAGAGGAUGAUGACGAUGGUUUUCCGUGACCCUCUGGCCUGGCUGUAUUUUUUUAUUUGUCCCUAGGGAAGAUGCUGCCUGAGCGGAGCUCCCCCACGCAGCCCCGGUCCCCCCGUCUGCCU